AUGCUUCUGAUUUAUACACCAGUACGGAGAUACCUACUCAAACUAUUAGAUAACGUUUACAAUCAAUUGGGCUUUUCCGAAUCGAAAAACGAAAAUAAUAUGCUGGAACAUUUUAAACGUGCCGAAAUUCUCAAUAUGGCUUGUCAUUUGGGUCAUCGUCAGUGCAUAGCCGAAAGUGUUCGACAUUUUCAAAAUUGGAUGCAAGUACCAAAUCCAGAUACCAAUAAUCCCAUAUCUCCAGAUCUGCGUAGUAUUGUUUAUUGUACGGCCAUCGCAUUUGGCACUGAGGGUGAAUGGGAUUUUGCCUUUGAACGCUUCAAAAAAUCGUCGGUAUCAACCGAAAAGGAAAUACUACUCUCCGCCUUGGGUUGUUCACGUGAACCAUGGAUUAUCUCAAGAUUUUUAAAAUAUUCCAUUAGCGGAGAGGAUGAUAUACGAAAACAGGAUGUAUAUUGGGUAUUCAUGGGUGUAACAUCAAAUGUGGUGGGGCAAAAAAUUGCAUUUGACUUUAUGCACACCAAUUGGGAGUACAUGAAAGCAUAUCUAAGUAAUGCAAUGUUAACCUAUAACAUGGUCCUGGAAGUUGUCACAAAACGUUUCAAUACCAAAUAUCAAUUUGCCGAUUUGGAAGCAUUCAUUAAAAACGAAUUGAAAGAUUCAAGUCGUUCCGUGGAACAAAUACUCGAAUAUGUACAGGAUAAUGUAAAUUGGAUGGAUCAAAACUAUAAAAUCAUUGCCGAGUGGCUACGUAACGAAGCGCGUAGAUCUGAAUAA